UGGCGUGCUUAGCAACUUAUUUUUUCGCGGAUUAAACUUUCAUUUGAUAAAAUACUAAAAUUUUAAUACUUAACAUCUUUUAAGCAAUAAAGCAAUGGCUUUUUUCGGUAUAUCCCAAUUAGGGUACCAAAACACAAUACGAGAAGGCUCCGCCAGGUCUAAAAUGGACCCAGUACGAUCAAAAACACAGCUGGGUUUUAUUGCUUUUCCUCCACUUGUUGACAAAAAUCCCCCACAGCGAUCAAUUGUGCCUGUAAACCAGGUCUCUGCUUAUGGACCUGGUCCUCAGGAUUCCUAUGUCGAGUUCACAAGAAUGAGAACAAAACAUAUCCGGACACCUAAAGAAACGUAUCAACUCUACAACUACCCUGUCACAACAAGUCAAGGCUGUGGGUGGUGGUCAAAGAAUGAUCCUCUCAAGAAAAAUAUGCCCUGGGCCCAUGUUCCAAGGAAGGUGAAAAUCAACAGUGAGAUGACAAAGUUUGUAGACCAGAUGGCACUGACCAACAGAGAAUUCACAUUGUUCUAAAAGACUGAUGGUUGUCAAAAUAACUGCCCAGUAUUAACAAGAUUUCAACAAAAUCUAACAUGCUAAUUUUCUUUGAUGUUGCUAUCUUAAGUUUUAUUUUUAUAAAAAUCUUAAAUGAUGUAAGUAUUAAACAUGUAUGUCCUUUAUAGCUGUGUUUGAGGGUGUGACCUUGCAUUACAUUAUUUCUGUGUGUUUUUUCAUUGUUCAAUGUAAACAACCAAUUCUAUCAAUCUUUAAUAUGUUGUCAACAGGUUAUAUAUCUUUAGGCUACAUGUAUUUUGCACAUUUGAAUUAUUAAGUUGGUUAAUAGUAAAUAUUGGAUAAAUAUUGACCAAUCAAUAAAUAUUUGGCUAACCUCAACCAAUCCAAAGAAUUAACGAGUUUUAUACAAAUAGUUGCUGUGUACAAUCAAGCAGGCUGCAGGUGGCUACUGGAAUUAAAAAAUGAUCUAAUUAUCAAGUAUAAUUAUUACAUAUUUUUAAUAACUAAAUGCAUCUACAUGAUACUUGGGCUUUUUUUUAAAUAUACCUGUUAUUAUAUGUUGAGACAGACAUGUGUUUCAAACACUAAGUGUACUUUUGAAGCCAAAAUUUAAAUUUUAUAUUAAUAUCAUUCCAAUGCUGUUUUAAAUUAAAACCAAGAAUAGUUAAUGAAAAAAUAAAACAGUAGUUUUUGAAGUAUGAAGUGUGGUUGGUUGUAAGUUUUUGCCCAGUGGUAUUGUUUCUACAUGUAAUUACAAUGUUGUCAUUAUACAUUUUGUAGCUCAUACAUGUUGAUGAAUCCUAUUAAUAUGUACGUCUUGUUCAUAUUUUAAUUGAACAUGAUUUAUAGUGCAUAAUAGUGUAAACUAUAUUUUAUAUACAGAUGUAUAUAUUUAUCAUGUACGUGUAUUGUAUGAUACUUAACAUGUAGUCCAUUUAAUCAAAAUUGACCUUUGUAUACAUCUCAAGAUGAAAAGUAUUAUUGAACAAGUAUUACAAGUUGGUAUUGUAAACAGCUUUUGAAGACAUAUAUCUAUAUUUUUAUAUGUUUCUUGAAGACAUAGAAUUUAUGAUUAUUUUAAAAGAGAAUAAGUUCAAUAGCAUGUAUUUAAUGGCAAACGUUAUCCUACAUUUACUCUGAUAGUAAUAAGAGCUAUGAGUUUGCAGCAUAAUUACUGAAGUAGUUUUUAGAGAAUUAUAUUUUUUUACAAUUUAAUGAAACAUAAUUGGUUUGAUUUAUGUUAUAUAUUCUAGUAUUUAUUUGAUGGUAUAAUCAUCUAAUUAUCAGGAUAAUGUACACAUGUAGGCAAUUUAGUGCAAUACAUGAGGCUAUUGUCAUCGCCAGGUUUAGCAAAAUGUUAGAAUUGCACUACAUGUAUUUCAAUAAAGCUCAAGUUCAGAUGGUAGAUUUUAAUUUGGUCAAGUAGCAUUUUCGGUCAAAUUAAAAGACUGAUUUUAACAUGAUAUGGAUAUAAAAUAUGUAUUGUUGUUGAUAUUUUUAUUUCUCUUUGUUAUUUUUGUUUAAUAUUUCAGUGUUUAUGUCUUUCAUUUUCAAAAACUAUGAUUUAUUUUUUUAAUUCACUUUAUUACAGUUAGUAUCAUGCUUCUUUCUUUAAGAUUCUUUAAAUUAAUAUAUUUACAAUGUAAGAUAAUUACUUUGUUGUUUGAACUCUGUGAUGUAAAACAACUAUCGUUGUCAUUUAACAGUAUUACGUUGCACAUUCUUUCUAUAUCUUUUAUUGCACCCUGAUAAAAAUAUUUUGAAUAAAAUAUACAU